AUGCCCUCAUUGCCGCGACACCUGACGCCAAGGACUCGGCUAGAAGCCAUUCGCCUCCUUCCCUCCUCUUCUUCUUCAUCCUCGACCCGCGAUAAGAAAUGGCACGAAUAUCUCACCCUAGAUGUUGUCCUGAUCGUGCUAAACCGCACCAUAUUCCAUCCCUGGGUCGCAUGGAUCCUGGUUCUUAGUCUCCGCGCCCAAGUCACCCCCUACACGGAUCUCGCUUUUAUCAUCGCGACAGGCUACGCGAUUUUCUUGACUGUGUUGGCUGUUGCGGGGGUCUUCAAUGAGAGGAUUGCGUAUGGGCUGCCUCGAAUAGUCGACUUGAGUGAGGAGGUCGUCGUGAUCACCGGGGGUGCGAGCGGACUUGGUCUGCUUAUUGCUCAGAUCUAUAGUCUGCGUGGGGUGAAUGUUGCCGUGUUGGAUGUGAGAGAGGUAGCCGAGAUUGAAGGCUGGGAUGAGGUUUCUGGAGCGGAAUACUAUAAGUGCGAUGUUGGAAAUCGGAAGGAGGUGGAAAUGACGGCCAGGAGGAUCGAGAAGGAUUUGGGCACGCCAACGGUGUUGAUCAACUGUGCUGCGGCAGGAAUCAAUGGCAAACCGUUUCUAUCGAUACCUGCUGAGGCCUUCCAGAAAACGAUCCGUACAAACCUCCUUUCCGUUUUCCACACCAGUCAAGUCUUCUUGCCUGGCAUUUUAUCCGCAGAGAAUGGAGGGACCAUUGUCAAUGUCAGCUCUGUGUUGGGUCAUCUGUCCGCGGCCGGCCUUUCUGACUACUCGGCAAGCAAGGCUGGUCUCAGCUCUCUCCAUCGGACGUUAGAGGCCGAGCUUCGCGCCUCAGGUGACGAUGAAAGAGUGAAAAUGUUACUGGUCGAGAUAGGCCAGAUGGCAACACCGCUUUUUAACUGGAUCAAGACACCAAGCAAUUUCUUUGCACCUGUUCUCGAACCGGUUCAUGUCGCCCAGCAGAUCGUUUCUGCAAUCGAUAAUGGAAGAGGUGGAGUGAUCAGAUUGCCCGCCUUCGCUGCUCUGAUCAACUGGUAUGCAGUUCUACCUGUAGGCCUGCAAAAGAUUGCUCGGUCGUUGAGUGGAAUCGAUCGGGCUGCAUCAGACGCCUCACCCAAAGCACGUUCACAGGAUCAUGGCGCAUCAACGAGACCGCAAACACAAAGUGACAUGGAAUCUGAAGAUACGGACUGA